AUGCAGGGUGCAGACAUUAAUGAACUUGAAGCCAAAAUACAGAAACAUUACGUCGCCAGCGUGGAUGAAUCUGGAGAAGAUUACGGCCAUGGAAUGUUGGACUUGAACACCUUCAUUCAGAAGAACCAGUGCGAAUGUUUGAACGAAUCGAACGACCACCCAAUGGUGAAUGCGCUCAGUUCCAGCGGUGGUCAUCUGGCGUCCGAUUGUGACGAACAGCUGAGCAUUUCGAUUACCUUCAAUCAGCUGGUCAAAAUCAGUGCCAUCAAGUUCAAAGCACCGCCCUCUCACGGACCGAAAAAAGAUGAGAAUCUCAACCUGUCACCGAUUGCAACGACUAAGAUGGAUGACUUCCAGCGGGUGGCCAGGAAGAAGGGUGAAAGCCACUAG